UUUUACGGUAACCAAAAUACUAAAAUUGUAGGGAAUUUAACCCAUCUUCGCAUCGAAUUCUUUCAAAAUGGCAGAAAAAUAUGAUUUAACAUCACGCGUUGGAGCUUACUUAGAUAGACAUUUGGUUUUUCCUCUUUUAGAGUUUCUGUCAAGCAAAGAAAUCUACAAUGAAACUGAACUUCUUAAAGGUCGUCUGGAACUUCUUCAAGGAACGAAUAUGUUGGAUUUUGUAAAAGAUGAAUAUCAAAGACUUCAUCAAGUUGAAGAGGUUCCCCAAGAGUUACUUGAAAAGCGUCAAGAAGUUAUCCACCAAAUGAAGGAAUUAGAAGCUGCAACUGAAUCUAUUACUACUGCAUUUGAAGAUCCAGAUUUUCAAGUUGAAGCUGCAAGUGCAAGAGAUGGUACAGUAUUGUUUAAGUACUUAAAUGACAAGUUUGGAAUUACUACUGACAAUCUUGCAACUCUAUACCAAUAUGCAAAAUUUCAAUAUGAAUGUGGCAAUUAUGCAGGUGCCUCACAAUACUUAUAUUUUUAUCGAGUUUUGGUUCAUGAUGAUGAUAAAAAUGCUACCUCAGCUGUAUGGGGAAAAUUAGCAUGUGAAAUUUUAACUCAAAAUUGGGAUGCUGCACUGGAAGAUAUUAACAGAUUAAAAGAGAUAAUUGACGGAGAUCAUUAUUCAGCUCCUCUCCAGUUGUUGCAGCAAAGAACAUGGUUGAUUCACUGGAGUUUAUUUGUUUUCUUCAACCAUGCUAAAGGAAGAGAUUUGCUUAUAGAUAUGUUCCUAUAUCAAUCAAGUUACUUAAAUGCAAUCCAAACAACUUGUCCUCAUAUAUUGAGGUACUUAACAACUGCGGUGAUAACAAAUAAGCGCAGAAAACAAAUUUUAAAAGACUUGGUAAAAGUGAUUCAGCAAGAAUCUUACACUUACAGAGAUCCUAUUACAGAAUUUCUAGAGUGUUUGUUGGUUAAUUUUGAUUUUGAUGGUGCUCAAAAAAAGCUACUAGAAUGUGAAACUGUGCUACUAAAUGAUUUCUUUCUUAUUGCGUGUCUUGAUGAUUUCAUUGAAAAUGCUCGUUUAUUUAUUUUUGAAACUUUCUGCAGAAUACAUCAAUGCAUUAGCAUAAGUAUGCUAGCUGAUAAGUUAAAUAUGUCACCUGAAGCUGCCGAAAGAUGGAUUGUAAAUUUAAUAAGAAAUGCAAGACUUGAUGCAAAAAUAGAUUCGAAACAGGGUCACGUUGUCAUGGGUACUCAAGCUGCUGCAGUUCAUCAACAAGUAAUUGAAAGAACAAAGGGAAUUAUGUAUAGAACUCAAACAGUAGCCCAAAGCAUAGAUAAAAAGUUAGCAUCAAAGUUGGGACCAUAUACAGAACCAUUUGCAGUAUCUUGGGGUGGCUAUGAAGCUUAAUAUAGUAAAUUAUCAUAGAAAAUAUUUAUCUGCCUCAUUUUA